CAAUCUUCGCGAAUUUACAACUUGCCAUUCCAAAUUUCGAUUGUAUUCUACUCUUUCGCUUCAUCCAGUAGGGAACGCUUUUCUCACAUCGGCUCAGACUACAUAUUAGAUAUAUGGCAUCAAUAGAUGUCACAGAGAUACUUCGGGCGUCGGCGGCAUUUGUAGAGCCUCCUCAAAAACGACCUCGUCCAUCAGAUGUUGAACCUCAACCACGACCACCUGUGAACACAGCUACCGCCAAUCCAGAGGACAUACUUGCUGCGUUAGAGCAGGAUUCUGCUCAGGCAGUCAACAUAGAUGAAACACACAUAAAGAAGCUCACAUCUCAGCUCGAAAAGAAGGCACUGAAAAAUCGAGAAAUGCGCACAAAACAUUCCGACGAGCCGAAGAAGUUUAUGGAAUCCGAAGUAGAGCUGGACACUGCUAUUCAGGAAAUGCACGUGCUUGCCACUCAGCCAGAUUUGUAUGGCUGUUUUGUUGAAGCUGGUGGACCAUCUCUUAUGUUGUCUUUGCUAGCGCAUGAAAAUUCAGAUAUCCUGGGUGCUACUGUCAAUCUGUUGCAGGAACUUACAGACGUAGACAUCUUGAAUGAGAGUGAGGAAGGUGCUGCACAACUGAUUGAUAGUUUGGCGUCUGGAAGAAUAGUUGAGUCAUUUCUGACAGCUUUUGAGAAGUUGGAUGAAAAAGUGAAGGACGAUGCCGAUGCGAUUCAUAAUGCUUUGAGUGUUGUUGAAAAUAUGAUAGACUUCCGGCCAGAGACUGCGGAAGAUUGUGUAAAUCAAGGCUUGUUUUUAUGGUUGCUUCGCAGAGCUUGUCAAAAGGGACAAUUUGAUGCGAAUAAGAUGUACGCUAGCGAACUAGUUGCGCUUUUAUUGCAAAUGUCAGAAGCAGCAAAAAGAAAGCUCACAGAGAAAGUUGAUGGUAUAGACAUGCUGCUCAGAGCUUUAGCGGCUUACAAAAGACAUGAUCCUGAAAGUCUUGACGAGCGCGAACAUAUGGAAAACUUAUUCGAUGCGCUAUGUGCUGCUCUCAUGUUGUCAACAAAUCGCGGAAAGUUUCUGGACGGCGAGGGAUUGCAGCUGAUGAAUCUCAUGCUCAGAGAAAGAAAACAAUCUAGGGAGAGCGCCCUAAAAGUUCUUGACCAUGCCACGACCGGUCCGGAGGGCAAAGACAAUUGCAAUAAGUUUGUGGAAAUUUUAGGGUUGAGAACGUUAUUCCCAUUAUAUAUGCGAACUCCAUCCAAGGUCAAGAGGAAGGACACAACUCCAGAUGAACACGAAGAACAUGUUUGUGCGAUUCUUGCCUCUUUAUUCCGUUCAUGCAGCGAAGAUGCCCGUCAGCGUAUGAUGAGUAAGUUUGUGGAGCAUGAACAUGAGAAGGUCGACCGAGCGAUUGAACUCUUCAUAAAAUACAGAGAAAAGCUUACCAAAUUUGAUGCCAAACGAGCCAAAACUGAGGGGAGUUCUGUCGAUGAGGACGUCGAUAGAGAUUAUCUUGACCGGUUAGAUGCCGGUUUGUACACUCUACAAAAUCUUUCUCUGAUAUUGGCUGACGUCUGCGCUCACACGAGCUCAGCCCGGGAUCGUGCAUCCAAGUUGUUUUUCAUGAAGCUGAAACAAGAGAAGAUUUCUAAAGUAUUGUUACCCCUUCUCACUGAGUACCAAGCUAAUAUCGGCGAUGGAGGAGAUGAGGAAAGACGUAGAGUAGAUUUAUUAAUAGCUAGGUUAACAAAGUCCACUAGAGAAAAAGAAGGCUGUUGA